UUCCGUCUCAUUCUCUAAGCAGGUUCAGGAAUUGUCAGCGCCCUCCCGGCUACUGCUGAGCCUAGCGGCCGCCGGGCUUACUACGCUCCCCGGGGUGGCCUCUCGAUCCGGUGCUCCCUGGUCCUGCUGGGCGACAGCAGCCGCGGGUUCGGGGCAAGUUGGAAGGGAGGAUCCGCAGCAGGGGCGUGGAUUUGCGGUCUGGACUCCGCCAGGAGGAUGGAAAUCUUCUAUGAAUGUGGAAGCCAUUAACAGAGUAAUUUCUGUCUGUUGCCAUGACAACCAGCCGCUGCAGUCACCUGCCUGAAGUCCUUCCAGACUGCACCAGCUCAGCUGCGCCUGUGGUGAAGACUGUGGAGGAUUGUGGCAGCCUGGUGAAUGGGCAGCCACAGUAUGUCAUGCAAGUUUCAGCCAAGGACGGGCAGCUGCUGUCAACAGUAGUGCGAACUCUUGCCACCCAGAGCCCCUUCAAUGACCGGCCGAUGUGCAGGAUCUGCCAUGAGGGCAGCAGCCAAGAGGAUCUGCUCUCUCCAUGUGAAUGCACGGGGACCUUGGGGACAAUCCACCGGAGCUGCCUGGAGCACUGGCUGUCAUCCUCAAAUACCAGCUACUGUGAACUCUGCCACUUCAGGUUUGCAGUGGAGCGCAAACCCAGGCCGUUAGUGGAGUGGCUCAGAAACCCUGGCCCCCAGCAUGAGAAGCGGACUCUGUUUGGAGACAUGGUGUGCUUCUUGUUUAUAACGCCCCUGGCCACCAUCUCAGGCUGGCUGUGCCUGCGGGGCGCCGUGGACCACCUGCACUUUAGUAGUCGGCUCGAAGCCGUCGGACUGAUUGCACUCACUGUCGCACUCUUCACAAUUUACCUCUUUUGGACACUAGUGUCAUUUAGGUACCACUGUCGAUUGUAUAAUGAAUGGCGUCGGACCAAUCAGAGGGUGAUUCUCCUCAUUCCAAAGUCUGUCAAUGUACCUUCUAACCAGCAGUCCUUGCUGGGCCUCCACUCGGUCAAGAGGAACUCAAAGGAGACAAUUGUUUGAUGUUUGUGUGGUUGGUUGGUUGACUCAUUGUUUGGGGUUUGGAAGUUUCUGCACUGGGGGCAUGCACUGAGCCACCCCCAAGCCCUUCCCUUGAUCUUGAGGGUCUAAGAACACCUGGAGCCAUGUUACCACAUCGCCUGAGCAAACAAACUCUGCCAGAAGGAAGCAAAUGCUGUUUGACUUAAAAAUCAUGGAUGCUGCACUCGUAUGAUCUUUGCUAAGCUGCCAAACAUGUUUAUUUAGCAGAUACUGUAUGAAAUUUUCUGAACACCUCUUUAACAUAUGAGGAAGGUUGUCCUUCUAAGGAUGCAAUUCAAUUCUUCCUUUUUUAUUACUAUUUCAAAUAUAAAUAUAUAUAUAUAUAUUAAAUUUAGAGGAUAAUCAAAAAGCCAAUGUAAAAACUGGUUUCUUGGUUUGGAUGGGUUUUACUUGGGUCAGUUUAUUCAUUUCCCAGUUUCUACUGUGGAUUCUUGGGGUAAUUUGAUAGCUUGAGUGGUCUUUUUCAUCUCUUUCAUGUCUCUUACUCAAGGAGACAGCAUAAUUACUGCAGAACAAGUCACAUUUGAAGGAUGUUUUGUACUAAACUCAUUUAAUUAUUCAGUUUUUAAAGGGAAAAAAAGGCGCGGCAACUCUCCACACAGUGAGUGUUUACUUAAGUAUCAUUAAGGAGAAAAAGGACGGUGAACGGCACGGCUCGCUCCCUUCAACUUGUUUGGUACUGACAGCUGACAGAAACUAUUUUCUAAUAAUAAAUAUCCAGUGUGUGAAAGACAAA